AUGAGUCACCGCUCGCCCGGAAGAAGUUCAUACCGCGACAGAGAUUUGUCUCCGUGAGCUUCAAAUUAUUCGAUGUCAUAUGAAGAUGAUUAUUAGAAUUGAAUUCAGGCGUCGAAGCGACCGAGAUCGUGAACGUGAUCGCGAACGGCAUAGAGACAGAAAUUCAUCCAGAAAUGACCAUGAGAGUGUUAGUUUUUCAAUUUUAUUGGCUCAUUAUACUCAAAUUACUAUUCUAAACUUAAGCCAGCUUUGUUUUUAAUUUUUCAGAACAUUUCGAGAAUGAGAGCUAAAAUGCGAUCAGAACUCGAUUCUGCAAAGUCUUCAAUAAGUUCAAUCAGCCGUUUGGAACCGUCGAAAGUUGUCAAAGAAGAACGUGAGUUUCAAAAUUUUUUUAUGUUCUUUUUUUCCCGAAAAAUCUUUUCUGAGAUCUGUCAGUCAACUUGGGAAUUCACUUUUAGGACAAUCAGAAAAGAAAUUUUUUUUAACUCUGAACGGAAAUUUAAGCAUGAAAAUAUCUUCAAGGUGAAGAAUUUUCGGAGGUAUGAGAAAAAAAAGUCAGCGAAUUAUUUUCGAACGGCGACUUUUCCGAUUUUUUCAUAUCGUUAGCGAACGGCGGCCUUUCCGACUAUUACUUUUCCGACGUUUUUUUUUUCUCUCGAUAAUCUCUUCGUUCUGAAUCUUCUUAUAUAAAAUAGGUUGUUGUUUCAUGCUUAAAACACAAAGAAAAAGGAAAAAAAAUGUUAAUAGAUAUUUUAUAAACCAAAAAGAUGAGGGAAAAAAGUCGGAGAAGAAUUAGUCGGAAACGUUGCAGACGGAAAGUUCCGCAGCGACAUGAAAAUAAAAAAAUUACAGCUCUGACAAACGAAGAGCUGGCGGAAAGGUCGAAAGCCAUCGACGACAUCGAAAAAGGCGGGUUUCAGCCGGCCUCUUUCAAAUCAAGCUCAGGAGGAGCUGGAGGACGGGUUUACGGUCAUAAGGUCGUUCUGAGCUUUCAACUUAAUCAAGUUUUCUUUUCUUUUUUUCAGCAUCAAAAAAACGAGAAAAGCAAUGCUUCUGGGUCGUCUAACGAAAAAAGUCACUCUGCAGCUAUUUUCGGCCCUGCGUGGCAGUCGGCUCAACAGAAAAAAGCUGUCGAUUCUAAGGUAUCUACUUUCCAAAAACCAUACUAAAAAGCUAGAGAAUUCCUUUUUUCUCAUGUUUAUGGAUUCGUGUGAUUUUCGCACGUGUUUUCUUCAUAUAUCUUUGAUAUCUAAAAGUCCGUUUUUUAUUUUUCUUAUCGCCCUUUUCAGAAAAUUAAAGAGGAAGUUGAAGAUAUAACUCUGCCACUUGCCGGCGCGAAAGUGGCAACAAAUGCGCCAAUGAUACCUGAAUCAGUGAGUUUUUUUUUGGGUUAGAUGGAAAAUAAUUAUUACUUCUUUUCGAUGUCAUCGAGCCACCAGGAAGAGCGACAAGAACAGUGGUUGAAAGUCUGGAGAGGCCAACGGUUGGUUCUCUUAUCCAGUUAAACCUAAUUUUCAUUCUGCGUUUGAAUGUUCGGUUAAUGUAUUUUUAUUUGAUCACUUUCAUUAGUAUUAUGCAAUCAAAUGAUAAUGCACUACAAUGUUCCUUUGUGAACAUCUCAGAAAGGCGAAGUUCUAAUUGUGGAGAUCCUCACGAUGAAGGAUUGA